GCGCCGGUCCAAUUUGAUCCACCGGAAAAAAACGAACCAGACAGCCGGCCGGCCGACCGACCAACAAGAAGCAGUAACCGCCAUGGGGUCAGUCCGGGUUAUUGAGCUUCAACUAGUAGCCUUCAUAAUGGUGUUCUCCAUAACUGGUCUAGUACCCAUUCUGGACAUGAUCUUCCCGGCCAUGGCAUCCUUUUACCUCCUCAUAUUAUCUCGAUACGCUUUCCCGUCGAGGAAUUCAUCUGCAGCAGCUUCAAGGCAGGAGAUUUUCGAUGGAAGCACACUGUUCAAGCUAUACGUUGUUGUGGGGACGACUGUGGGGUUGUUCCUUCCACUUGCUUACGUUUUGGGAGGAUUCGCCAGGGGAGAUGACUACGCCGUUCGAUCAGCCACACCUCAUCUGUUCUUGCUGGCAUUCCAAAUACUGACGGAGAACAUAGUAAGUGGUUUGUCAUUGUUCUCACAGCCGGUUAGAGCCAUGGUGCCGUUGCUGUAUACGGUGAGGAGAAUAUUUGUGAUUCUUGACUGGUUGCAUGAUGUUUGGAUUAGUAAGACAUUGCCUGCUAAUGCUCAACAAAGGGAUGUGUCGUGGUUUUGGUUUGGGAGGAGUCUAGCGGUGGCGAACAUGGUGUAUUUUUCUGUGAAUCUGCUAUGUUUUUUGAUCCCUCUAUUUCUUCCAAGGGCAUUCGAGAGCUAUUUCAAGGAAAGAGAUGAUGAUGAUGAGCUUGUUUUGAAGAAGGCUGAGGAGCGGCAAGCAUCAUCAUCACUGUCACUAGAUUCCGACAAGAAAGCUGACUGAAACCAAGCAAAGAUCUUUUUUUUUCUUUUCUUUUCUUUUUUCAAUUAUCCACUAAUCAAUCCAUCCAUCCUCAAUAAUCUGAUACUAGCUAGUUGCUGGAGAGAUGGCUUGGAUUCGUCCUCCUUUUGAUUACUUAGAAAGUAAAUAGGAUAAAAGAUGUAUUUUAAAGUUUUAUAGUGAGAACUGGGCUUACACAUAAGUUUACUCAUAUUGGAAAGAUUUUCGAUGACUCAUACUCCUGA